AUGGAUCACGUAAUACGAGGCCCUGGACCCACUGCAGUGCAGUCCAAGCUCGGUUACUUACUCUCUGGCCCGAUAUACAAGGAAUCUCAUGAAUCGAACACUACGAUACUACACAUAGCUACUAAUAUUCUCGAUGAGAAAACCAAACUUCAGGAAUAUUGGGAUUUAGAAACGAUAGGUAUCAAAGAUGACCCAUCUGACCUAUGCAAGUCAAUGGAUUUUGAGUCAUACUGUGAAACGCAUUUACGGUUUGAGGACAAUGGCUACAUUGCAAGACUUCCGUGGAAAGCAGAAUAUCCACCCUUGCCAACGAAUUAUGACGUGUGCGUGCGACGUACACGAAAUAUGAUUCGAAAGCUAUCACCCGACUUACGCAAGAUGUACAAUGACAUUAUCCAGGAUCAAACCAGACGUGACUUCAUUGAAGAAGUUCCCAUAGAUGAUGUAGCCUGUGGUCACUAUCUCCCACAUAGGCCAGUCAAGAAAGAUUCAGCUACAACUCCAAUAAGAAUAGUAUACGACUGUAGCUGUAAAGUUGGUGAAGGAGCUAGCCUUAAUGACUGUUUAGAGACGGGACCGCCACUUCAGAACGAUCUUGCUGCAAUCCUUGUUAGAUUUCGCCUACAUCACUACGCUCUAGCAACUGACAUUGAAAAGGCGUUUCUGAACGUUGGGCUUGACGCAGAGGAUCGGAAGUUUACAAAAUUUCUGUGGUUGACGGAUAGUAACGACCCAAACAGUGCCUUCAAGGUGUACCAGUUUAAAGUGGUGCUUUUCGGAGCAGUGUGCUCACCUUUUAUUCUAAACGCCACUGUCAGGUCACACUUAGACAAACACGAAUCCCCAGUUGCAACCGAUAUGAAGGACAAUAUCUAUGUUGACAAUGUAGCGAGUGGAGCUGAAAGCACACAUGACACUGUGAAAUACUACCAGGAAUCCAGAAAGGUAAUGAAAUCUGGUGGAUUCAAUCUCCGAGCAUGGUCGUCCAAUUGCCCUGAACUUCGGAAAUUGGCUGAAGCAGACAACGUUUACAACCCAGAUCGAAUUGCCAAUGUGCUUGGACUAGACUGGGAUACUGAACAGGACAUUCUGCGAUAUUCAAAGCGGAAAAUUGAACCUUCAAUAGACAAUCUGGUGACAAAACGUGAAGUUGUUCAAGUUACUAGCAGUAUAUACGAUCCACCUGGACUUCUGUCUCCAGUACAUGUUAUGGCUAAGAUAUUUAUACAAGAGCUAUGGACACACAAGUUAGAUUGGGACGAACCGCUGCCGGACGAGCUUAACCAUACUUGGAGAAGGUUGAGUCAGGAGCUGUCAACCGUGACACAAUCAUGUGCCAUUGAUCGCAAAUACUUCGAUUGUCAAAACACUAGCAACGAUUUGUAUAAGCUUCAUGUAUUUGCAGACGCGAGCCCAAAGGCCUACGGGGCUGUUGCAUAUUUGAAAUGUGGCGGAUGCACUUCACUUGUGAUGGCAAAAACUCGGGUUGCGCCCAUCAAACCCAUCUCGCUGCCUAGAUUAGAGCUAAUGGCCGCUUUAAUCGGAUCACGUUUACUGAACUAUCUUCACAGAAACCUCAAACCACUGAUCAACAUUGAACAUGCAUUCCUUUGGUCGGACAGUCAGAUAGUUCUACACUGGAUACACAGUGAGAAAAAGCUGCCUUCAUUCGUUGAGAACCGUGUAAGAGAAAUACGUGCUUGCCAAGUCAUAACCAGAUUCAAAUACUGUCCCACAAAGGAUAACCCUGCCGAUAUUCUUACUCGGGGAAUGAAUGCAUCAGAUCUUCAAAACGCCAUACUCUGGUGGAACGGUCCACACUGGCUUAGAACUUCUGAGUGGCCACAAUGCGAGCUAUUCGAUGGUAAAUCGCAUACAAUGGAUACUGACAACGCUGAUCGUGAUCCGGUCGUCAUUGUAACCAACGCAGUCGGUGAACCUGAUGUAGACAUGCGCAUCACCAACGUAAUCGACCCCGAACGUUACAGUUCGUAUACGAAACUGUUGCGCAUCAGUGCUCUCGUACUCAGAUUUGUUGCAAAUGCGAAAAAAAAUCCCCAACUACAAAACGUUGGACCGCUCACGGCAGGUGAAAUUCAAGACGCAGAAACAAUGUGGAUUAAACAUGUUCAACGUCAGAGCUACGGAGAUGAGAUCAAGACGUUAAUGUCAAAACGUAGGACAGCAGGUCCACUCGUGAAACAACUUCGGUUAUUUCUUGACAACGAUGGAAUAUUACGCGCAGGCGGACGAUUGCAUAACGCGCCUAUUGACUACGGAACGAAAUUUCCGAUUCUGAUUCCAUCUAGACAUCGAUCCGAGCAAAAUGAUUUCUGA